CCUGAGCACCCUCUAUUAUAAUAUAACUGAGCUUGCUUUCUCUAGUCCUUUCUCUUUGGGGAGUGUCAGUUCUCACUUCUUCUUCUUCUUCUUCCUCUGUUUUUGUUGUUUUCUCUUCGGUCCUUUGUUCCAGAAAACAAAAAUGGUGGGUCAACUCAGUAAUGUUCUUCCACAUGUUUUCCUGGUUUCCUAUCCAGGCCAGGGUCAUGUUAAUCCUUUGCUUAGGCUUGGAAAGAUUCUUGCUUCAAAGGGCAUGAUGGUCACUCUCACGGCACCGGACACCAUCGGAGAAAAGAUCCGAAACUCCAACAAGAAUAUCUCCGAAGAGCCAACUCCAUACGGUGAUGGAAUGAUCAGGUUCGAGUUCUUUGAUGAUGAGAGUCAGAACAUCACGGUUCCCGAUGAGCACGCUGCACAUCUUGAGAAGAUCGGGAAGAUGAAACUCCCCAAAAUGAUCCAGAGAAACGCCGAACAGGGCCGCCCUGUUUGUUGCCUGAUUUACAGCUGCUUCAUUCCUUGGGUGGCUGAGGUAGGGGAAUCCCUCCGAAUCCCAUCUGCUCCCUUGUGGGUUCAAUCGGCUGCCUGUUUUUCAGCUUAUUACCAUUAUUACCACAAACUUGUUCAAUUCCCGACCGAAUCCCAACCCGAAUUGGAUGUCCACUUGCCCUGUAUGCCUGUUCUGAAACAUGAUGAAAUCCCCAGCUUUUUGCAUCCUCACACUCAAUACCCAUCUUUAACAAACUCCAUUUUGGGCAUGUUCAAACAUUUGAGCAAGAAUUGCUGUGUACUGAUGGAAUCAUUCCAGGAGCUGGAAAAUGAUGUGAUCAAUUACAUGUCAAAGCUCUGCCCCAUCAAGCCGAUUGGUCCCCUGUUUCGGUACUCAACCAAUAUAGCCUCUACCUCAGCAAAUGUUAGCGUCAACGUUUACAAACCCGAUGAUUUUGGGCUCAGAUUGUCAAGGGGCGACUUUGACAACAGAAUCAUUCCCAGAGAUGAAAUCGAGAAAUGCUUGAGGGAAGCCACCGCCGGUCCCAAGGCGGCGGAGCUGAAACAUAAUGCGUUGAAGUACAAGGAGAAGGCGGAAGCAGCGGUGGCAGUUGGUGGGUCAUCCCAUUUGAACCUGCUUGAAUUUCUCAAUGAGUUAAACGCUGGCGUUCCGAUGUGGUAA